CACCCUGAGUGCAGCGUCUAGGCUAGAAUUCCAGAGGAAGUUGAGGGCCUCCAGCUCUGCACAGGAAGCAAUCUUGGAGUGGGCCUUAAAUGCCAGAUUCCAGGCAGAGUUUAACUAACCACUGACAGCUCUGUAAACAAAGCCCGGGACAAAAAGAGAACAGCUUUCCCUUUUCUGGUAGUCAUUUUUUUAGUUUGGGGGCCUGCAGGAGCAUUCUCCUAUAUUUGUCUCGAUGGGAUAUAUAAACCCAAGGCGGAAAGAGGUUUGCAUAUGAAGGGACUAUAAAAAGGGGAGCAAAUAUUUUAUGGAGUGAAUCAUCGGGACGAAGUUCUGCCUGUUUGGGAGGUUUUAUCAGCGCUUGAACACGAGCCAUGGACGACUUUGAACGUCGCAGAGAGCUCAGGAGGCAGAAACGAGAGGAGAUGCGCCUGGAAGCAGAGAGAUUAGCCUAUCACAGAAAUGACGAUGAUGACGAAGAAGCGGCCCGAGAACGGCGCCGGCGGGCCAGGCAGGAAAGGCUGCGACAAAGGGAAGAUGAUGACGUAUCAGGGACAGAGAAGCCUGAAGUCAACGCUCAAAACAACAUCGCAGACGAAGAGAGCAAAAGUUCCACCACAACUGUUACCACCGUUACGGAUACUCAAGGGGAUGGUGAAGGUGAUGACUCCAUGCUCUUGGAGAGGAUGGCAAGGAGAGAAGAACGGCGCCAGAAACGUCUCCAAGAGGCCUUGGAACGCCAGAAGGAAUUUGAUCCGACAAUCACUGAUGAGAGCCUGUCGUUCACGAGCGGGAGAGAAGUGAACAAUGUGGAAGAAAACGAAGCCCCCGGGAAAGAGGAUGAAGCCGACACCCACAGAGGACGCUACAAGAUUGAGGAAACCGAACCCAUCACCAGAUCAUACCAGAGAAAUAAUCUGAGACAAGACGAAGAAGACGAGAAGAAAGAAGAGGCAGAUAAAGGGGAGGCACAAGAGGAAAAGCCAAAGCAAAGAACCGUAGAGGAGAAUCAGGUAGAAGUAACGAUAGAAAAGAAAUCACUAGACAAAGAAGAGGAAGUUGUGGUGUUAGACAUAAAACUCCCUGAGGUAAACGCAGAUGAGCAAAAAGUAGCUAAUAACAUAGAACAACAAAUUGAGAGUGAGGCGGCCAUAAGCAUAACAGUAGCACUAGAUGAAAAGAAGGAUGAAGAGGAUGAGGAUGAAAAGAAAAGGCUACAAGAGAAGGCGAGGCUGGAGAGGGAGGAAACAGAGAGAGCUAAAGCAGAGGAGGAAAGGAGGGCAGAGGAAGAGAGAGAAAAAAGAGCUGCUGAGGAGAAAGAGAGGCUAGAACAAGAGGAAAGGGAGAGGCUCAAAGCGGAGGAAGAAAGGAAAGCUGAGGAGGAGAGAAAGAGGCUUGAAGAGGAGGAGAAAAGGGCAGCUGAGGAGAAAGAGAGGCUAGAAGCGGAAGAAAGGGAGAGGCUCAAAGCGGAGGAACUAAGGAAAGCUGAGGAGGAGAGAAAAAGGGUUGAAGCGGAGGAGAAAAAGGCAGCUGAGGAGAAAAAGAAGCGGGAAGCUGAGGAGAGGGAAAGGAUCAAGGCGGAGGAGAAAAAAGCAGCCGAAGAGAAAGAGAGGGCCAAGGAGAAGGAAAAGAGGGCAGCGGAAGCUAAGAGGGCAGCUGAGGAAAAGGCCAAGCUAGAAGAGGAGAAGCUAAAGGCAAAACAGAAGGCAGAGGAAAAAAGGGUGGAAGAUAAGCAGGGGAAAGGGAAGAAGGGAGAAGAGAAGAAAAUAGAAGACAAGCAGGUAAAAGAGAAGAAAGUGCAAGAGGAAAAAACCCCACUGGCUUUCCUAAGAAAACAGGGGGAAGAGAAAGAGGCAAAAAAGGAAAAGCUACAAGACGAGAAACUCCGGCCGGCCUUCAAAAAAGAGGAGAUAAAAGACGGCAAAGUGAACAAAGACAAGGGGCCAAAAGACGAGGCCAAGCCCAGCUGGGAUCGCAAGAAGGGAAUCCCCGAGUCGAAACCGCAAAACGGGGAGCGUUUCCCAGAAGUCCCCGCUCACAAACUGAAGCAUACGGAAAAUGCUUUUAGCCGCCCUGGCCUCAAAACCACCUCGAAUGCCGAGGAAGCCAAGCCAGCAACCAAUGUGGAGGCCGGCAAGCGGGUAGAGGAACUUCGCCGUCGCCGCGGCGAGAACGAGAACGAAGAGUUUGAAAAGAUGAAGCAGAAACAGCAGGAGGCCACUGUGGAACUGGAGGAGCUGAAGAAGAAGCGUGAGGAGCGUCGGAAGAUCCUGGAAGAAGAAGAGCAGAGGAGGAAGAAAGACGAGGCGGACAGGAAAGCUCGGGAGGAGGAAGAGAAGAGGCGGCUGAAGGAAGAAAUUGAAAGGAGAAGGGCAGAAGCUGCGGAGAAACGGCAGAAGAUGCCAGAUGAAGGAUUGCCUGAGGAUAAGAAGCCUUUUAAAUGCUUCACCCCCAAGGGCUCUUCUCUCAAGAUAGAAGAACGUGCGGAAUUCUUGAACAAAUCUGCCCAAAAGAGCGGGAUGAAAACUGCUCCAGCGGCCGCCGUUGUCUCUAAGAUUGACAGCAGGCUCGAGCAAUACACAAGCGCAAUUGAGGGCACAAAGGCUUCCAGGCCUGCCAAGGCAGCCCCCUCUGACCUCCUGGUUCCCGCCGAGGGCGUGCGUAACAUUAAGAGCAUGUGGGAGAAAGGCAAUGUGUUCGCCUCGCCUUCCGGCACAGGGGCGCCCAAUAAGGAAACUGCUGGGCUAAAGGUCGGAGUCUCCAGUCGUAUCAACGAAUGGUUAACUAAGACCCCAGAAAACAACAAAUCACCUGCUCCAAAACCUUCAGACUUAAGACCUGGAGAUGUAUCUGGCAAACGCAACCUCUGGGAGAAGCAGUCGGUGGACAAGGCCCCGUCUCCCACAAAGGUAACAGCAGCAGGGAAGAAGUCAGAGACCAAUGCAGGUUUGAGACGAUUCGAAAAGGAACCCUAAGGAAGCCCACAAACGAUGCUGGACCAACUCAGUUUUAAAAACGGAAGUGCUAAAUUUGUCUUUCUUUUUUUUUAUAUAUAUUUAUGGUUGUUUACCAAAAAGGCCUUUUUGUUGGUUUUUGUUUUUUUGCAUUAAUCCAGUUAAAAAACCAUGUAUAUUAGCACUGUAUUUAAUAAUCCGCCUUAAACAUCCAUCCUAAUAGUAGUGCCUUUGCAUAAGAGCCUUAUUUCUAAAAGAAACCCAUGCUGUGAAAUAGACCCUUCUACUGUUUCACUCUCAACGAAACUGUGUGUCUG